CUGUCACCCUUCCUUUCCACUCUGUGUCUCCCUGUUGUGUCUUUGUCUCACUCAUUUCUACUUUUCUAUCUACUUUUUGUGUCCAUUGUGUCUCAUACUACUCUCUGUUCCCUUCUAUUCAGCCUUUACUCCACUGCUACUUAUUUAUUUCUUCUCUUCCCGUCUUGUCUGUUACUUUCUAAAUCAUGUGGAUACACUUUGCCCCCCUCAGAAUCCCAUUUUCAAGGAGGCUGCAAACUGUUGCAGUCCUACAGUGGGCUGUCUCAUUUCUUGCAAUGGCUCAGUGCUGCAUUGCCCUCUACAUCCUCCUGCUCUUCUCUCGCUAUUGGUUCCUGGCUCUCCUCUAUGGGGUAUGGCUGUAUUUAGACUGGGACACUCCAUCCAAAGGAGGUCGUAGAUCAAACUGGGUGCGCAGCUGGAUUGUGUGGAAAUACUUUGCUGAAUACUUCCCCAUCAAGCUUUUGUGCACAGCCCCCUUGGAUCCGAAAUACAACUACAUCAUGGGAUUCCAUCCUCACGGUGUGCUGGUGGUUGGGGCCUUUGGAAAUUUCUGCACUGAGGGAACCGGAUUUUCCCGUCUCUUCCCGGGUCUAACACCACAUCUUCUGAUGCUGCCAGCCUGGUUUCGGGUCCCGUUCUUUAGAGAGUACAUUAUGAGCGGCAGUCUUGUAUCUUCAGACAGGAGCAGUGCUCAUUAUCUCCUCUCCCAAAAAAGUGGGGGGCAGGCUCUCGUGAUAGCAGUCGGGGGGCCUCCAGAAGCACUAGAUGCAAAACCUGGAGAGCUUACUCUUCAGCUCCUUAACAGGACGGGAUUCAUUAAAAUGGCACUGACUCAUGGAGCUCACUUGGUUCCAGUACUGUCAUUUGGGGAGAACGACUUGUACAAUCAGGUUAAUAACCCACGGGGAUCUCUGCUCAGAACGACCCAGGAGAAGCUGCAGAAAGUUUUAGGAAUAGCCCUGCCCCUCUUUCAUGGUCGUGGUGUCUUCCAGUACAGUUGGGGUCUCCUCCCUCAUCGCAGACCAAUCUAUACAGUGGUGGGGUCUCCAAUCCCUGUGGCCAAAACCCCAUGUCCCACGCAGGAGCAAAUCUCUUCUCUUCACGCCCUUUACGUUGCCAAGCUGAGGGAACUCUAUACGACGCACAAAGGUAACUAUGGAAUUCCCAGAGACCGAAGUCUGGUGCUGUGCUGAGACUGCAUGGAAGUGGUGGGGAGACUGUCAUUAAGCCUGACUAAUGGACUCUAUCUCCUCUUGUCUUGUAAAUAUUCCUUGGCUUGCUGACCAAUCAUGCUAGUCUUCACAAAUUGUGUGGAUUCUUCUUUCUUGUUUUUUUCUUACUCUGAGGUAAUAAACAUUUCUCACCAA